AUGGUCUGCCCACCCGAGUCGCCCGUCACCAAGGCUAGCUCCAGCGAGGAGGCUACCACGCCUACUCCUGGCAGUCCCGAAAGCCUACCCGUGACCACGCCCGCCAGCCGCUUCGAGCGCCCUACUAAUCCCACCCCCAACAGUUCCAAGGGCAAGGGCAAGGGCAUCAUGGCUCCGCCCGUCACUCCCAAGAACCACGAGAGCCGAUCUCUUCUUUCGCCCGGCCAGCCCAGCACUGUUUCGUCUCUCACUCCGCGCAGCAUGAACAUCCGCCAGGUCGCCACGUCUCCCGACGGCGUAGUCUUCACCUUCAGCUCCCCGGAGACCCGCAGCGUCGCAUCUCCCCUCGAGUCCUGGGAGAACGCGAUUACAUUCCGCCAGUGCGACGACGUCCAGUUCGCAACCCCCAGCGGCAGCAACCGAACCGUCGUCACUAAUCGUCAGGGUUCGACCGGCAUCCGAUCUUGGUUCACUAUUCCUGACUCAGCUGACUACAACGUCGAGGAGCAGCCGCUUCUCAAUGACCCUCUGACCUUGGCGGUGCCCCAGCGCCACGACUACGGCGCACUCCCUCGCCCCACGCACGCAGACAUCCACCCCGACUUCUGGGACUGCUUCUCCCAGACCGAGAUGCUGAUCAUCUGCUCCCUUCUCAUUGGAAUCAUUCUGUGUGUUAUAUGGACUGUCAUGAAUGCCAUCACAAACUUGUGA